AUGGCGUCAAAAAAACGCGGGCCAUAUGCAGGAACAUCGAGGACAUCGAAGUGGAGAAAACAAGAGAAAGAGCAAGAACACGAGUCAAAUGUUGAGGAAAUUGCAGUUUCAGAAACAAUUGAAGAAUUAACCGAUUACAAUGAUGAAGUUCCAAAUGAAUUUGACAUAAUGGUGGAAGAAAUGCUGGAGGAAGAAAAACAGAAGUUAGACCAAAAAAGUAGUGAUAAUCAGAGAAAUAUUGACAAUGAACCUAUAUAUCAAGGAAGCAGGCUUACUGUUAGCAUGAGUAUGCUGCUGAUUGUAACAUUUGCUACAAGACACAACUUAUCAGGAGUUGCCCUUUGUGAUUUAUUAAAUCUUAUUGAAGUGCAUUGUCCUCCAGAUAAUAUAUGCAGGGCAACCCUUACAAUGUACCAAGACUUUUUUAGGCAUUUGAAAACGCCUCUAAUAUACAACUAUUUUUGUGAAAAGUGCUUCCUCAGCAUUGAAAAGGAUGCAAAAUAUGAAAAAUGUCCAAACUGUUCAUUGACUAGCAUAAAAUAUUUCAUCACCAUACCCCUAAAGGACCAAAUGGAAACAAUUUUGAAAAGACCAGGCGUUCUUGACAUUAUAAGAAAAAGCAAAAUUGAAAGGAGUGAACUUGGGAACACAUCCAUUAUUGAAGAUGUCUACAAUGGAAAUGUAUACAAAACUCAUUUUGAUAGUAGUGGUUUUUUCCAUGGAACAACCAAGGAAGAGAGGAAUCUUCAA